AUGGCCAGCAAGGUAGGGGAACCCCGUGUCCCAAUGACUUUGCAGAAGUCCCGGUUGAAGGCUGAGGAAAAGAUCUUGGACUUUGACUUUGAACUGGUUAACGUUCAGUUUAAUGAGACGGGGAGAUAUGCUUUGAGGCUAACAGUGGAGAAUCCACUGCUUGAGGGGUCUGGAGCUGGGGUGCAAUUGCGGGUGAAUUCAGAAGACCCUCAUUAUACCAACACGGCCACAACUGAUGUCAUUGAGCAAAGCAACCUCAACGACAUCUAUGCGUUUGAGAAAAGGCGGUUCUUGUUCACUUUGCCUAAAGGGUUUUGCAAAAAUGACAAAAACCAUGAUGCCCGGCUCCGAAUUGAAGCCUUACGCCUCCGUGGUGCCUUGUUGAAGAGUAGCGUGAAGGCAGGAGAGAGCUUCUUUGCUAUUUAUCCCCGCACCAACCAGCCUCGGAUGAAUCUCUUUGCUAGCAAAGAUGAGGACCUGUACCGGUACAGCGAUAUCAUGGCACUGUUGCGUGUGAGUACGGAUGACCUGGCAAUGCAUUGUGGGAGGCUGGCUUACACUGUGUCAUUUCAUGAGCACCGGCCAAUCACCAAGAAGGAGAUGCCAAGCUCUUCUCGCUGCUCGCCUUUGCCACCCGCCAAGCAAGAUGAGACACAUGGUCCAGGAACCAACUUCCCAGCACCCUUCCAGUCUUUGGGUAUCCCACAGCAGAGUUACUCGGUUUCAACGCCAGAGCCAUCCCCUCGGCUUUCCUCAGCAGUGGAAACUCACUCAUACGGAGUGCGAGAUUUCAAGGUAAAGGAGGAUCCUGUUGAGCAUGGACAGCCUGUUCAGACUUCAGGAACCAGCAACCAACACCUGGCUAAUUCUACAAAGGAAUCCAUCACUGUAACGUUGCAUGGAGCCAACAACCUUCCCUCUACAAAGAAGGGCCAUGUUCCUUCUCCAUAUGUCAUUAUCAAGACCACCUCAGAUGAUGAGAACAAACAGCCAGCCCAAGGGGUAACUCAUGCAGCUGUGCAGCCAACUCACUCGCCGAGCUGGGAGGAGAAGGUGACUGUGGAAAUAGAAGCACAGAAGGCAGGCGAAGAAGAUGUGUCCCUAAUUGUAGCUGACAAAGACACCAAGGAGAUCCUAGCCAGAUACAAUAUCCCUGUGAAGUACCUGCGCCCCUUCCACCACUAUCACUGUGCGCUGACGUUGCCUAGGAAAAAGGACCCAGCGGGGACAAAACUCUACGCUACCCUGGUUCGCAAGCGCAGUAUCAUCCCACGCUAUGCCGGCAUUGAUUACACAGGCCUGGAGGUUUUCCUCCGGGGCGUCAACGAAACCCUUGCAGACCCAGAAGGCUCUGUCAUAGCCAUUGCUAGAAUUGUCAACAACGUCAAAGCUUACCAAGAGGAAAUGAAGUCUCGUGCCUCAGAUGUUCCUCCUGUCCCACUGACUGUCGCGAACUUCCCUGAUCCUGUGAUAGAGGAGUUUGAUGUCCCACGGCUCACCAACCAAGGAUACCCACAGGUUUCUAUAGCUAGUGGACCUCCUGAAAAACCGGUGUGGAAUACAUCCUACUUGUUCCAGGGCAGGGAUGGAGCGACUGCUUUCUCCGAUGACACUGCUCUAGUGAUUGAAUACUUCAAAUCAAAGCCAGAAAUGGAAGGCAAACCAAAGCCUCUGGGCUUCUCUGUGCUGCCGCUCACCAAUCGUGUAUAUCGGAGGCUUCUGUCGGAGAGAAGCAAGAAUGGGGUUCAAGUCAGAAACCUUCCAAUCCAGAAUACAGCCCUGAGGACCACAUCUGGAGAAGCCCCAACUGUCCAGCUAGGUCUCCAGCUGAUCAAUUCUGAGAGGCCAGACACUUUUCUGAAUCCGUCCACCACGAACGGCCUUCCACUCUUGGAUCCUGACUUGGUGGACAAGCUUGGGAAUAUCAAAGAGCCAUGGACGAGGCCUUCUUCCAAGACCACGGUCAAUCCUGCGUCCAGUGAGGAGAGCAUCUUCGUCACACCUGAACGCAAGAAAUCCCUCACCGACCUAUCGGUGCUUCACAAAGACGAAAAUGGCUUCCCUUCCCAUGAUGCCGUGGCUGGGAUUUUGCCAGACAAGCAGCUGUAUACCAGGCCCGUCUUCCAGGAGGUCCCAGAUGUGGAGACGGACACUUUCCGUUCAGCCAUCCAGAGAAUGGCGGAUGAUAUCCUAUCCCUGCGCCGACACAUUGCCAGCUUGGAGACUGAGAACAACGCCCUCCGACGUAACCUCGCUAUGCAUGAAGAUGUGGGGCGCGUUUUGCUGGAGGAUAUAGACCUCGAUGUUAUGACCAGGGCAGAGAUAGUAGACAGAAUAAUGUCCCUCAAGCAAAAACUAUCUGCCGGAGCUCGGGAGAUGGCCAAAAUGAAGGACCGGGUACAGCGGCUGCAGAAUGAACUUAUCCGGAAAAAUGACCGAGAGAAGGACCUGCUGUUGCUGCAGCGAGCCCAUCAGCAGCAGCAGGUUGCGCUGAGGAAAUACCAGGCCAAGAUAGCGAAGAUGAAAGCUCUGGAGGAUGCUGUGAGGCAGCAGGAAAAGGUGAUUGAGAGCAUGGAGAGGAUGUUGGAGGAGAAGAUGAUGGACAGGUACAAAGAUACAGUCCAGGACCCAGGGAGAUAUCCAGUCCCAGGCGAUCGGUGGGCCAAGGAUCUCUACACCACUCUGAUGACAGAGAAUACGAGGUUGCGGGAUGAACUGAGCAAAUCCUGUUACCGCUCUUCACCCAUCAUACUGCAGCAGCAAGCCCUGCCGGAACCAGUUCUCUCCAACUCUGAAAAGCUCUCACUACUAACUAAACUGGAGAAAGCCGAGGCACGCAUCCAUGUCUUAGAAUGCCAGCUAGAGGAAUCCGCUAGGAAAUGGGGGCGAGAGAAACAGAAUUAUAGCACACGUCUUCUAGAGCACGAACGUGGAUUCAGCCAUUCACCUACCGCGUUCAUACUGCCGGAAUUCACACAGGAGGAGAGAGAAAGGAAAGGGGAUGAAGAGGCAAAGAACAGAAAGGCUCAUCUGGAUUCCCCAUCACAAGUCAAGAUUAAGACUCUUUAUACCGCGCAGUAGCUCAGCAAGACCCUUGGCAUUGCAUGUACUAUGGGGGACUGGCAAAGUAUGCCCUGGGUUAUAUAUAUCUACAUAUCCCCUGAAAUGCUGAAAAGUCUACAGGUUUGCCUGGAGAAUUUUAUUAAAACCUUGGCACCUGGUCCCUCAACA